AAAUAAUACGUUAACUGCAACGUAACAACACUUUUGUUGAAAGUUUGACUUAUUGAAACAAAAUGCAGCUUUCAGGUCUGGUGUUUCUGACCCUACUAAACAUUUUCGUGUACGUCCGGCCCAAGAGAAUAGAAGUUUUACCCCAUAGAAAAGCAAAGAUGGCGCAUUACGGGUAUCGCGGAUGCUAUCGACAGUUCUUCAAGAGAGACAAGCCAGGUCCCAUCAACAUGAACCGGCAUCUCGUCAGGAUCGGAGUUCCCUCCCUUGCACUGUGUCUGCAUCACUGCAUCGUGAACCGUGCCGAGUACGCCGCCGUAUCGGACGCCAAACAGUGUGGAUGUUCGGAUGACAUAUCACCAGAAGUGAAGGCUAGAGAAGAAACCUGUAACGUCGUGUGUGUGAACCCACCAUUUGUAGCCACACCGUGUGGUGGAAUGAUGCGAUGGUCUAUUUAUGAACUCGUCGAUAAGACCAUACCGAAAGUGUUUUAUGGCUGUUUUCGCAUUCACAAACUCUCGUCUGCUCAGUACCGGUUCAAGCCGCUGGAGGUGAACUCUGAAUUCAUGACGGACAGCACGAGCGUUCAGACCGGAAGUGCCAGUAUGUGCAUCCGGCACUGCAGGAAGCGCGGACACAAGUUCGCCGCCAUUUUCAGAGGUGAGAAGUGUGGCUGUGGAGAUGCUAAAGGUCUGAACAAGAAGUUUAGUAAAAGCAUAGCCUGUGACUUCCCGUGCCAAGAUAUGAAGCUUGGUUCGUGUGGAAGUAUGCACGCACAACCGGAAGCAUAUAUGUCUGUCUGGCUGGCUGAUCGAUGGGCUGUAAAAAUGCUGGAUGGAAUAAUUGAUCCUGCUUAUUAUGCUGGAGAAUCUGAGUGGCAAGAUACUUACAUGCAAAAAGAUAUAAUUACAACAGCACCCUACGUGGCCCCUGUGACCGACACGAGGGACGCCAUCAUCCUGGCGAGCAUCACGUUCACCUGCUCCGUUCUCCUGAUCGUCUUCAUCAAGAUCCUCUUCAGGGUCAUGUACAAAAGAACACUGAAAAAGGUUAAGAAAGUAGCGGCUCUGGGAGUGGCCUUCACAAAACUGAGCAAAAAGGCAGACAAAUAUUUGGCAGAACAGGAUACCGCGUCAGACAGAAGUGAUUACAGUGAAUCCAACUAGGACAGGACAUUCGAUAUCCUACGAUAGGAUAUCGUUUUCUCUUGUUCGACGUGUGCCCAGUACAGUCGUGCUUGAACCUUCAAUGGAUGUAGGCACGAGUCAAAUGGUUUAUUGAUUGUUGUUCGACAGGCCAAAUCUAAUAGUAGACUAUUCUAUUUUUCAUACCGUGUAAUACGAUAAUGUAUGCUUUAAUACUACCGGCCUCGGUGGUGUCGUGGUUAAGCAAUCGGACAUAAGGCUGGUAGGUACAGGGCUCGCAAUCGGUUACCGGCUCCCACCCAGAGCGAGUUUUAACGACUCAAUGGGUAGAUGUAA